AUGACGUCGUCUGAAUCUCACCCCGCCCCAGCACGAGCUGCCUCACCGUCGAACAGCUUUUACGCCUUGAGCGAUGACGAGGAAGGUGACUACAACACGAUAACACAUACAACAACUGGCAAAGGCGUCAACGGGGCUGGGGCAACAGUUUAUAUCCACCCUACUCCCUCCUCAAAGGACAAUAUCCCCGGAUACAUCGCCCUUCUCCAACAAAAGCCCGCUCCCGACUCGCGCCCUACAUCUUCGUCGUCUACAUCCGCACGAUCCAAGGCAGCUGCUUCCCUCCUCCUUGCGUGGCUCCCCGAAUCCUCUCUUGGAGAUUCGCUCAACACAUACGUGAAAGUCGAUCUCGCAGAAGGAGAUUCUCCUCCGAAACAAUCCUACCUCGUUCCCCCACCUCCCACCACAACUACCCACUCUGAUUCCGUCGGUCACUAUGCGUUUGCGAUCCCUGUAUCUGCAAUAUACAGCUUGCUUAUACGCCCGCCUAGCUUGGGAUGGUGGUUUGGCAGCGUCAUAAUAAAUAGCCGGGCAGGAGAUUCGUUCCCUGCGCUCUUCUUUCAUGACUCGGAAUGCCAGAGUACGAUAUUGCAGAAGAAAAAGCGGGCGAGGGAGAGCUUCGAUCCAUUUGGCGCCAACGGGGAAAUGUUUUGGGGUGGCGAUGAGGUGCUGAGAUGGUUGAAACGAUAUGUGGCCAUUGAGAGGAGCGGGGCCGAACCGAACAUCUAUCUCGUGGAGCCUAGCACCGAGGAUAAAGAGGCGUUCGGGAGUAAGCCCGUUACUGCUGCUGUGGUGAGGAGACCGAGUAGUAGUGGGGCCAGGAUUGGGGGUGCUGCGGGUUCUUCUACUGCUGCAUUUAGUUCGAGGGGUAUGGAUGCCGCCAUGGAUCCAGUAACGAAGUUUGUGAAGGAGGCAGGCUGGAAUUUGAUGGAGAAGUUCAGCCAAGUCACAACAUUUACAAGGCGAACGGCCGAUUCGGUUAUCGAUAACCCCAAGAUGCCACUCCAGGUUAGAAAGUUGUUGAAAAAUCCGGAAGUGCAGACGAUACAGGACGAGUUCGACAGCGCAAGAAUAUAUCUAGCUAGGUGGGCCAUGAGCAUUGCUGAACAAAGCGAGAAAGACAAAAGGCAACGUAUUUGGACGGCCCGUGAUGUCCUGGAGAUGGAGGAAACCGAUGUGGGCGAAUUCGAACUUCUUGAUACUGAAAUUGCUGGUUUAAGCCUGAAGGAACAGAGAAAGACCGUCACGAUUAAGGAAUGGAACAGCUACUUUGAUCAGAGAACAGGUAGACUCCAGGUCACUGUUGAUGAGGUCAAGGAGCGGAUAUUCCAUGGUGGGCUUGACGCCGAUGAUGGUGUUCGGAAGGAAGCUUGGCUUUUCCUUUUGGGCGUCUACGAUUGGGACUCCACUGCUGAUGACCGGAAAGCCGAAAUCGCCAGCUUGCGCGACGAGUAUGUGAAAUUGAAGGGCGCCUGGUGGAACCGGCUCAUUGACCUAGGAGGCGAAGGAGAAGAAGGUGAAUGGUGGCGAGAGCAAAAGGGGCGAAUAGAGAAGGACGUACAUAGAACGGAUCGCAAUAUCCCUAUCUUUGCUGGAGAGGAUACACCUCACCCAGACCCAUCCUCCCCAUUUGCGGAUACGGGAACCAACGUCCAUUUGGAGCAAAUGAAAGAUAUGCUCUUGACUUACAACGAAUACAACCGUGAUUUAGGCUAUGUCCAGGGAAUGUCAGAUCUUCUGGCACCUAUUUAUGCCGUCAUGCAAGAUGACGCUGUUGCGUUCUGGGGAUUCCAACAUUUCAUGAAUCGAAUGGAGAGGAAUUUCCUACGAGAUCAAAGCGGCAUGCGGAAACAGCUACUCACCUUGGACCAUCUCCUCCAAUUGAUGGACCCCAAGCUAUACCUGCAUUUGCAAAAGGCCGAUUCGACGAACUUUUUCUUCUUCUUCCGGAUGCUUCUCGUCUGGUACAAGAGAGAAUUUAACUGGACGGAUAUCCUCCAUCUUUGGGAGGUCUUGUGGACGGAUUACCUGAGCAGCAAUUUCCAUCUCUUUGUCGCGCUAGCGAUCUUAGAGAAGCAUCGAAAUGUUAUUAUGGAUCACCUGCAACACUUCGAUGAGGUUCUAAAAUAUAGUAUGUCUAACCAUGAACCCAUACUCCCAUUAUACUCGAGGGCAAAUGCUAACCAGCCCGAAAUUAAAGUUAAUGAACUCUCUACUACCAUUGAUUUGGAAUCGACGCUCAUCCGUGCAGAAGCGCUCUUUCGCCGGUUUCAGCGCACCGUCGAAGCAAAGGACAAGAAAUCUAAUUUCCCGGCUCCCAAGCUUCGGCAGCGGGUCAACACACAGAAUUCAUCCACCAGCAAUACCUCGCAAGCUGCAGACGCUUCGUCGCCGAAAUCUCCAGGGUCUGGUGUGGGCGCAGUGACUGCCAAUACUUCUAGCGUUGAUGCUGUCACGGCUGGGAGUACAAACAGUGGAAGUUCUUCCUCUGCAGCGCAGCACCCAGAGCCAGCAGGCGGUAAGGGCAAAGGGAAGGCUACUGAGACUGCAACCGAGAAUAGCAGCGAGUUACAGGAGCAGAGACCAAAGGUUAUCAGUCCCGAGCUGAGAUCGUUGCUUAGUAGGAAAGUGGAGGUUUUACCCCGUAAGGUAGUUAGGAAAGCCGGGGACGGCCGGGCUAAUAUCGGAAAAUAA